AUGAGCAACGCCCUGUACGCGUCCGUGAGGCAGGACGACGCCCUCGAGGGCGCCGCGCCGACGCCGACGCUGCGGCCCGUCUCGUCUUUUCACGUGGCCCCAGUCACGAUACGCGACGCGCGACCCUCAAGAAAGUUCUAUUGGCGCAGCACGAGCGCUUUUGACCUGUACAGUUCUUCCAAUGAGAUGCAGACCAGAGACGUGUGCGUUGCUGCGCGCCUGCAGAAGCUCAAGACGCAGCGCGACGUGUACUACGACUCGUCUCUGCUCUCCCGUGCGCAGCGCUACGCAGCGUUGCAGCAGAAGGGCGCGACGCUUUGGUUCACGGGACUAUCAGGCAGUGGAAAGAGCACGAUCGGACGGGCGCUGGAGCAGGAGCUGCUGCGCCGACGCAAACACGUCUACCGACUGGACGGAGACAACGUGCGUCUCGGUCUGAACCGAGACUUGGGCUUUUCGGAAACGGAUCGGGCCGAAAGUGUGCGUCGUGUGGGCGAAAUAUCUGUGCUGUUCGCUGAGGCGGGUGUGAUUACGCUCGUGGCGCUCGUGUCGCCCUUCCGCGCUCCUCGGGAUGAGGUGCGCGCGCUGCACGAGAAGAUGGACAUUCCGUUCUACGAGGUGUUUGUGGACGUGCCAGUGUCAGUAGCUGCUGAUCGUGACGUCAAGGGCUUAUAUAAGCGGGCGAUCGAGGGAGAGAUUAAGGAGUUCACAGGUAUCUCGUCGCCGUACGAAGAACCGCAGAAUCCGGAGAUUUACCUGAAUACGUCGAGACAGUCGCUUGAGAACGAGGUCAAAGUCAUUCUGGACAAGCUGGAAGUAGACGGACUGCUCACUGGAGUGACAGAGCCAGCUAGCGGGUACCCUGAUGUAGCAGCAUCGCAUGAAGGAAACGCUACCGCGACAUUCUCGAUGCUGGUCGCGGACCAACCGCGUAACUUGAGCUCUCACGAUUACGAUGCACUACCUCGUGUGCUUCUACGCCAUGAGGACGUGCACUGGCUGCAGGUGAUUAGCGAAGGAUGGGCCGCACCCCUGCGUGGUUUCAUGCGUGAGGGUGUCUACUUACAGUCCCUCCACUUUAGUAGUGUGCUGUAUGGCGCAGACAAUCUCACUGUCAGUCAGCUGACCCUUUCCAGGCCCACUAACUUUUCCGACUACUCAAAUGAGUUUGUGUCGGAAGGUCGGCGUGUGAGCAUGCCGGUACCCAUCGUACUUCCGAUCAACGACGCUGCAAAGACGCGCAUUGGCGCAUCGAGGCUCGUAGUGCUUGUAGGUCCGUCUGGCGAGGAGCUUGCGUUGCUAACGGACCCUGAAAUAUACGACCAUCGCAAGGAGGAGCGUAUCGCACGAACGUUUGGUGUCAUGGACAAUGGCCACCCUUAUAUCGCUGAGAUUUUGAAGUCGGGUGAGUACCUGCUCGGCGGUGAGAUUGAGCUGCUGGCCCGCAUCGAGUACAAUGAUGGUUUGGACACGUACCGCAUGACCCCAAUGGAACUGCGUGACCGUUUUACGGAAAUGGGCGCCGAUGUUGUGCUUGCUUUCCAGACGAGAAAUCCAACCCACGCUGGUCAUGCGUACCUGAUGAAUAACGCCCGCGAGCAGCUUCUCGCACAAGGCUACGAGAACCCUGUACUGUGGCUGUCUUCUCUUGGAGGCUGGACGAAAGAAGACGAUGUGCCUCUUGACGUGCGUGUGCGUCAGCAUGAAGCAAUCAUACAAGAUGGUAUGCUUGACAAAAAUAGCACUGUUCUAUCUAUAUGGCCCUCUCCGAUGAUCUACGCUGGACCUCGCGAGGUGCAAUGGCACGCAAAAAGCCGCAAGAAUGCUGGUGCAAGCUUCUUUAUCGUGGGACGCGAUCCUGCCGGCAUCAAGCGCUCAGAUGGCGAAAAGGACGAUCUUUACGCCGGCGACCAUGGUCGUUUUAUUCUUCAUAUGGCACCAGGCAUGGAGGGCUUCAACAUUCUGUCGUUUCCGAAGGUGUACUACGAUGUGCGGGACCAAACGAUGAAGCCGAUGGAACUCAGCCGUGAGCUGGACUUUCUGUCGAUCUCGGGCUCUCGUAUGCGCGAUAUGGCGCGUAAGGGUCUGCAACAAUGCAAGGGUGGUAUAAUUCCAGCAGGCUGGGAAGAUGAACCGACGUGCGUGCCACAGGGGUUCAUGGUCAAGUAUGGCUGGGAUGUCAUGGUCGAUUACUAUCAGAACACCAAUAGUCCGCGCUGGGUUCCGUUUGGCGUGCAAUUUUCGAAGCCUGUCGUUGAUACGACACGUUCGUUCACGUCAGUCGGUACGUAUGGUCGCACUGACUACAAGCUUUACUUCAAGAACGACAAGGGCGAAAAAGUAUCUCCAUGGCACGACAUUCCACUCUACUCGAUGGACUCAACGAACAAUCGCUCAUUUAAUUUCAUCGUCGAGAUCCCGAAGGGAAUGGCGCACAAAAUGGAGGUAAAUAAGGAGGAACAGUACAACCCAAUCAUGCAGGACACGACACACAACGGCACUCGUGGCCGUGACUAUCUAUACGGAGUUCCGUUCUUCAACUAUGGCCUUUUCCCGCAGACGUGGGAAGAUCCGAGCGUGAAGGACGAGAGCGGGAAUGGUGGUGACAAUGACCCGCUAGACGUCAUCGAGAUUGGUGCGAAGCAGUUGCCCAUGGGCUCGGUGAUCCCAGUCAAAAUCCUUGGUUGUCUAGAGCUUGUUGACCAGGGCGAAGUGGAUUACAAGAUUUUGGCACUGUCCAUGGAUGACGGGGACGCCGGGAAGAUAAAUAGUGUAAGUGACUUGCAGAGCGUGAAGCCUGGUGUGUUGGAUGCGUUGGUAGAUUGGCUCACGAAGUACAAGAUUCCGGAGGGCAAGUCGGCCAAUGUGUUUUCUCAUGCUAGACCCACGUCUGCAGAUGCCGCCGUCGAGAUUGUGGCGGAGACACAUGAGCGGUGGCAGAAACUUCAGGCAGGAGAGGUCCGGGUCAAAGAUCAGUUCUGGCUCAAAACUAGGUCUACAAACUGA